AUGUCAUUAGAGUCGAUAGAAUGGUCAUCUCAACCCUGUUCUCUACAAACGAUUGCAACUCAAUAUUCGCUUCCAAUCGCCAUUCGAACGGCUACGGGCUAUCGUGGGUCAAUGAAGCCAGUUAUUCUGUAUUCUAUUGCACGAACGGCUUAUGCCUAUGGAAGGGCCUUGAGACCAGUUCAGAACACUGUUUCAGAAAGACUUUCGUACAGACCCGUUGACAAUGAAAUAGUUGCAAUACCAUUAAAAUAUCCAGGUUACUUCGAAUGUUUACCAAAUGAUGAUAAAGCGUUAUGGGGCGGCUUGGAUAAUGAAACAAGCAUUCGUAAUAUUGCUGAACAAAUUCAAACAAAGCAAUCACAAACCUAUUAUGUUGCUGCACGAAUGCGCGUGUUUACUAUUGAAAAUUCCAUUGAUGGUUACAAUUAUCGUCAGUGGUAUUAUAUCGAACCACAGCAACUAUUAAUGAUUGAAAAAGUUGUCUACGUCGAAUAUACGCCGACAGAAGCCGAUAAUUUAACCGAAGAUGAUUACACAUAUACUUGGGUUUGUUUUGGAAAAGUAAUUCGAAAUCGAAGUGAAGCAGCAUUGAAAUGUAUCACCCAAAAUCAGCUGGUAGUUUUCAUUCCGUACGAAACACAGGAAAACGUUAGUUUAUAUCCUGUGGCCCAAAUGGGUUCGGCAAAUACACAUAAAUUACAUACAAUUGCUAAUCUCGUCGGAAAAUUUCAAAUGCCAUUGAAAGUGAAAUCGUUUAAUAACAAGGGAAACUAUGCCUACCAGAAUUUUAGUGGUUACGUUCAGCUUCUCGGGACACGAACAGAUGAAUUUGCCAUAUGCGGCUCACUCUCAACGAUAAAUGUUGGCAUGAUACCAACAAAUAUUCCAAUGAAAUUUGUUGCAGCAUCAUUAAUUCAUCCACAACUAAAUCAGCAAUCUAUUCAGCAAAGCCUCUUACGAUGUCAAAUACUCAAUCAAUAUUUAGAUGUACAAAUACGGCGGAUUCAAAUAAGUCAUGGUAUUGGAGAACGAAUGGGACGUAAUCGAUCGAGAUUUCCCAAAAUUAAAUCAGGUAUUAAUGAACAAUUAACACGACCCAGGCGAAGUAAUAGUGAAGAUGAAACAUCUCGACGAACAAAACCAUCAGCAAACGUAGUUUCGAAUGGUACUACAAAACAGAAUGAUAUAGAUGAAGGAUAUGGUUCACGUAGUCGUCACAGAUCUGCAUCAAAUACGAAAAAUCAAACAGCAAAACCAAGAGGUGGCAAUAUUCGACAAACACCUAAUAUUGCUGGAACGGAUACCGUUUCAACUGACGACAGUACUUAUGAUUCACUAUUCCGUAUAGGAAAAGCUAAAGCCUUUGCUAAAACUAUAAAACCUCGAUCAAACGAACGAAACAAUAGUGGCUCAUCGAAUCAAGAUGAAAGUUUAACAACAGACAAUACGUCAGAUGCUUUAAAUAAUCUGAUAGAAAACCUAGACAUGGAACAUGCUGAUGGCGCAAUUCUCAUCGACACUGGAAAUGAACUAUUAUUCACAUUGAAUUCGAGUAAUCCUUUAACAUAA